GUGAAUGAGUCCGACUGCGCUGCCGCCGCCGCCCGCAUCGAAGCUCCGGCCGCGUCCCCCGCGCCAGCCCCGGGAGCCUGCGCGCCGAGACCCCUGCGUGUCUGCGAACAGACCUCCAGCCUCGGGCCAUCACCCCGGGCAGACGCUGCAGCCCCUGUCCGGGCCUCUUGCCUGCCGCCCCCAUGAGAAAAACCAACAUGUGGUUCUUGGAGCGGCUUCGGGGGUCUGGGGAAAACGGUGCUGCCCGGGGCGUGGGGAGUGAGGCGGGGGACAAGGCCUCCAAGGGGCCCCUGUACAGCAAUGUGUUGACGCCCGACAAGAUCCCCGACUUUUUCAUUCCCCCCAAGCUGCCCUCGGGCCCCGCGGAGGGCGAGGGACAGGCCGCGCUGGGCCCCUCCACGUCGGAACAGAACCUGGCCUUUGCGGCCCCCCGCCAGACCCCACGGAGCCCCCGGCUGCCCGCCAAGCUGGCAGCCGAGAGCAAGAGCCUGCUGAAGGCAGCCACCCGGCACGUGAUCCAGAUCGAGAGUGCCGAGGACUGGCCGUCGGAGGAGGCCGCUGCCGCCGACCCCCAGGCCCAGGGUGCCAUGUCCCUGCCCUCGGUGCCCAAGGCCCAGACGUCCUACGGCUUCGCCACGCUGGCCGAGAGCCCCCACACCAGGCGCAAGGAGUCUCUGUUCCACAGUGAGCACGGGGCCCUGGCCCAGGUGGGCUCCCCAGGUGCCGGGCGCCGCCGGGCAGCUGCCAGGGCCAACGGGGGCGAUGGGGGCCCCAGGGAGGCCGGCGGGGCCCUCAUGAGCCCCGGCCGCUGCUUCAGUGGCGGGGAGAGCGACACAGGGUCCUCGGCCGAGUCCUCUCCCUUCGGGUCCCCUCUGCUCUCCCGCUCCGUGUCUCUGCUCAAAGGUUUUGCCCAGGACAGCCAGGCCAAGGUGAGCCAGCUCCGGCACUCCGUGGGCCGCCACGGCUCCCUGUCGCCGGACGACAGCACCCCAGACACCAGCCCCGGCAGCCGGCGCCGCCUGACCCGCCGGGCCCCCCCGGAACCCGGCCCCGACUCGGGCCAGGCGCGUGGGGAGCACACGGUCCACGUGGGCCCUCGGGGCAGCGUGCGGCUGCUGGCCGAGUACCAGGCCGGCCAGGCCCGCCUGCGGGUGCGCCUGCUGGCCGCCGAGGGCCUCUACGACCGCCUGUGCGACGCCCGCAGCAUCAACUGCUGCGUGGGCCUGUGCCUGGUGCCGGGCAAGCUGCAGAAGCAGCGCAGCACCAUCAUCAAGAACAGCCGCCACCCCGUCUUCAACGAGGAUUUCUUCUUCGACGGGCUGGGGCCCGCCAGCGUCCGGAAGCUGGCCCUCAGGAUCAAGGUGGUGAACAAGGGCAGCAGCCUCAAGCGGGACACGCUGCUUGGGGAGAAGGAGCUGCCCCUGACCUCCCUGCUCCCCUUCCUGUAGAGCGGGGACCUGCUCGCUGCCCGCUCCGGUGCAGAGGGCAGACCCCGGUCUCUCCUCCACACCGGGUCCUGGCGGGCGGUCCGCUGGCUGGGGCUGGGGCUGGGG